UGCAAGCGGUAAACUUUCGGUUUGCGCACGCGCGAAGAAAUUUCCAUUCGCUUGGCUUGAAAUGAAAAACAAAACACUCAAAAACCCCUGACAGUAAACAUGGCAGACGUACUAGAUCUCGAUCAGACAGAGGAAUUCGAAGUCGACGAAGAUGGGGAUCAGCGCGUCGACAAAUUGAAGGAGAGGGCAAAGAAGCGCAAAGGUCGUGGAUUUGACGAUGAAGGCACUGCUAGAGAGGAAAUUCAGUAUGAAACGAUGGACGUUGAGGAGACGGUCACCCCAGAUGGACCUGGCCCACAGAGAUCUGUAGAAGGGUGGAUCCUGUUCGUCACUUCUGUGCAUGAGGAGGCGCAAGAAGAUGACAUUCACAACCUCUUUUCAGAGUAUGGGGAAAUUAAAAAUCUUCAUCUCAAUCUGGACAGACGUACUGGCUUCAUUAAGGGCUAUGCUCUAGUUGAGUACGAAACAUUCAAAGAGGCGCAAGCUGCCAAGGAUAACCUCAAUGGCUCCGAAGUGUGUGGACAGUCCAUUAACGUGGACUGGUGCUUUGUGACUGGUCCCAAAAAGCACAAGAAGAGCAGUCGUAGGAGGCGAUAAACAUUUUACUGGGUCCAAUUGAAGUUUAAAGCCACAAUUUCCAUUUGUAACCAAUUUUGUUUUGUAACAUCUGGUGUCCUUGUGUUUAAUAAUUUAAUAAGCGAAAUAAAAUAUUUCCAAUAUCAUCAA